GAGAGUACAGACACAGAGAGCUACUCUGCACUAGAGGAGUAGAGAGGGACAGAGAGAGUAAAACAUACGGAGCGUGAACAAUUUUCAAAUCCAGUGAGCUGGGCGAGAGGAAAGGAUCUUUGCUGCAUCCUUGAAACAGAGAGAGGGAGACAUGAGGAGGACUGAGAGGGGAGACAGAGCGGAGAGAUGAGGGAGACGGCAGAGAAACGAAAAAAGAAUCAAGGGAACUAAAAGAGAUCCUUGGACGGUUGACAAAAUAAGAGAUUUGCGCUCUUCAAAACAUGACAUGAGUGUAACAGCAACAGCUCGCUCUGAUUCAGAGACCAAGAAGAAGAAGAUCCAGAUAGUUUCACUGUAAAUCCAAUACACCAUGGACACCAGGGUUUCACAGCAAUUCUAAAUCAAACGGACCCCUCACCCACCGGGCGUCAUGUCGACAGGCCCCGGCCUUGGUGCACUUGACCUGGCCGAGGGCCUCCAGACCACCGGCCCUGUUGGGCUCCAGACCCUGUUGGACCUACUGGUGGGCGUCUACCAGGAGUUCUGCUCCUCGCACUUCGCAAGAGAGAAGUAUGUCUCUGGCUUCCUGCAAUGGGCUGAGCCCCUGGUGAGGCAGGUGAGAAGGACUCGCAUCAAAAGAGAAGACUUUCACAUCCUGAAGGUGAUCGGCCGAGGCACAUUCAGUGAGGUUGCUGUGGCAAGGAUGAGAAGCACACAACAAGUGUAUGCUCUGAAGAUUAUGAAUAAGUGGGACAUGCUGAGGCGAGGAGAGACAGCAUGUUACCAGGAGGAGAGGGAGGUUUUACUGAGGGGUGACAGAUGCUGGAUCACAGAGUUGCACUAUGCCUUUCAGGAUGACAACUAUCUGUACCUGGUGAUGGAUUACUAUGUAGGGGGGGACCUGCUGUCUCUGCUCAGUAAGUUUGGAGACCGGAUCCCUGAGGAAAUGGCUCAGUUCUACUUGGCUGAGAUGAUCAUGGCCAUUGACUCUAUCCACAGACUGGGUUAUGUACACAGAGACAUCAAACCUGACAACAUCCUGCUGACAGCUGAUGGACACAUCAGACUAGGGGACUUUGGUUCCUGUCUGAGGCUCCUAGAGGAUGGGAUGGUUCACUCGUCCUUAGCAGUCGGGACCCCUGACUAUUUGUCUCCAGAGAUUUUAAGGGCCUUAGAGGGAGGAGGAGGUUAUGGUCCUGAAUGUGACUGGUGGGCUCUGGGUAUCUGUGCCUAUGAGAUGGUGCUGGGGACCACACCCUUCUAUGCAGAGUCCAUCUCUAAAACAUAUGCCAAGAUCAUCAACUUUCAGGACUAUUUUGACUUCCCUUCUUCUGGCCCUGAGAUUUCAGACAAGGCUCGUUCCUUCAUCUCUGGGCUCAUCUGUGAAAGGGAAGUCCGUCUGGGAAGUAAAGGCUUCAGUGAUUUCAGGAGCAAUCCCUUCUUCUGUGGACUAGACUGGGGUUCCCUGCAUAAACUCCCUGCACCCUUCCUGCCUGAAGUAUCUAAUCCAACUGACACCUCCAACUUUGACAUUCUGGAUGACUGUCUCAGUGAAAUGGAAACACUGUCUGAUGUAAUAGACAGAGCUCCAAUAGGAGUACACUUGGCUUUUGUUGGAUACUCUUACACUGCUACCUGUCAAACAGGGGCCAUUGACCGCAGUCAAGACAUCAUGAUGCAGAUUGACCACACAAGGCUCAGGGACUGUGAGAGUCUUUACACACCGGAGAAACUGAGCCACACUCUACCAGACAACCUGUCUGCACUGCUGGAGCUCCCGCCCACUCUGGAGCAAGGUCCUACUGCAUCCACCCACACCACCACUGAGGAGGAGGAGGAGGAGGAGGAGGAGGAGGAAGAGACUGACCAAAUAUCAGGACUCGAUGAAGACAUGCAGAGACGGUUACAAGAAGCAGAGAGGAGAUAUUGUGAGCUGGAGAAAGAAAUGAAGAGGUUGAAGGGGGAGAUGCAGGACUGGAAAGCCCCCAAGGAGACAGCACUGAGUAUCUGCCCAGCAUCUCUUGCUCUGCCUUCCCAUUGUGUGGACACACCAAGGGAUCUGCAGUCCGUUCACCGGUCUGACUUGCCUGUGUUACAGAGGGAGAGAGCGCCCCCAGUCUGCCAUUACCCGCUAGUGAUUCCUCUCCACCGCCACCUGCUCCUGUUCCACAGGGUUCGCCUGCCUCAGGUGAAGAGUGAGUCAUACCUGCUGGUGUGUGCCGAAGGCGGGGAGCUCCACGCAUGGGAAAGACACUGUUAUACUGAGCUCUCCUGAAUGCACUUUAAGGUGGCACAUGCAGACUUCUCCCACUAUAACAAGACAAAGGACGGAGCCCCUGCUCUACGCUCACUCCCUGACCCACUACUCAGCCUCCUAAACGUUCCCAAAAGCAGGAACAUCAGUACUAAAAUGAGAGCUGCUGAGGAUGUCAGGAUGUACAAGGUUUUUGAAAAUGAAGUUUUCCAAAUGAUAUGAUGAGAAAGGCAGCUGAGACUGCUGGGGGCUAAUGAGGAAGAAAUGAUGACGACAUCUUCUGACCUACCUUGCCUGCUUACCAGACAGAAAGUCACGAUAGAGAUGCACACUGUCCAGUUUACUUACUUUAAUGUGUGACAAUGAGAAUAAUGUUUGAGUGACACAGAGAGGGGUCAGAAUCUCUUGUGUAUCAUGUAUCUGCACCUAGGGAUGUUUUUUCUUGCGUUGCACUACUAUAGGCAUGUUUUUGCUGUGCCUGUAUUAGUUUUCAAAAGGUUACUAAUAAUGAUCAUGAUAUCUAUAUUUACUUGGAUCAUACCACCACAGACUCUGUGAAAGGUGUGCUGCAUAAAUAAAGGCAAACAUAGUUAGAGAGUUAGGGUAAUGAUUUAACUAUUACAUUGUAUCUCCCUACACAAUGGGAUAUUUCCAAGCCUUCCACACAUUGCCAGGAAUAUAAUUGUGAUGGAGAGACAUGAUAUUUCCGGAUAUAUAAUAUCUCUUUAAUUAAAUUUGUUUAAGUGUUUGACUUAAAAUUGUAACAUUUGAGAAAUUACCAAAAUCGUUGUGUAAUUUGUGUAUAAUUGUAGAAUGUGAACUCUUCCUCAGGUUGAUUAAAAACCCCCAAAUCUCUGAAACAAUAUUGAUUAUAUGACCUUUGUUUCCUAAACAGCCCUAAUUAUUAUGUGCAGUUCUCCCUAUUCUCAUGUCAGCUCUGUUAGUUGCGAAGCUCCCUCCACAUCCCCAACCUCUACGGAGCCAGGAGAGCGAUUUUAAAUGUUGCCAUUGAAAAUAGAAUGUUGGAUUGAAAACAAAACCUAAACGGAAAAAGGAAACAUUGGCAUUGAAACACUUGUAUUGGAAAAAGUUGUAUUGACACUGAAAUAAGUAUUGGCACUGAAAAAUAAAAUACUGGCAUUUAAAAUUA